AUGAGUCCUGGAUCAGCUCAAGCACAACUGGUGGCAGAAGCAUCUUUGAUCAUAUGGGAUGAAGCUCCUAUGAUGAGCAAACACUGUGUUGAAUCAUUAGAUAGAAGUUUGUCGGAUAUUAGAAAAGGAGCUGGUAAUCGACCUUUUGGUGGAAAAGUUGUUGUAUUUGGGGGAGAUUUCAGGCAGGUGUUACCCAUCAUCCCGAAUGCUGGAAGAGCAGAAAUUUGUAUGAGUGCACUAAAUGCAUCUUAUCUUUUGAAGCAUUGUAAACUAUUGAGGUUGACCAAGAAUAUGAGGCUUCUUGCGAAUAAUUUGAGCCCUACGACAGCUAAAGAGAUAAAGGAUUUCUCAGAAUGGAUACUAAAAGUUGGUGAUGGAAAGAUUUCUCAGCCUAAUGAUGGUGAAGUGAUGAUAGAUAUUCCUGAAGAGUUUUUAAUCACAUGGCAGAUGAUCCUAUUGAGAGCAAUCUUAUGUCCAACUAAUGACGAUGUUGGCAUAAUCAAUGAGUAUAUGCUAGAUCAGCUUGAAAAUCCAAAUGGCGGGCAUAUCGUGUUUGGUGGGUUUGACCCGAACCACUUCCGGGGAGAACACACAUAUGUUCCUAUGAUGUUACCAAGCAACUGGUUUUCGAAGAUCAGAAUGUCCCAAAUUCUCAUUGGUAAUAUAACAGUUGACCUUUCUGCUAAAGAAUCCAUAACAAUUCUUGACUCCGAAAUGACUGAUAUUUAUGGCCCGAGAACAGCUGUCCGCAAGAUCUAUGAGGCACUUGAAACAAAAACAAAGAUAGUUGCAUGCGGAAAGGUUCCUAAGUUGCCUGCUAUCUCCUUCACAAUUGGGGAAAAGCUUUUUCCCCUCACCAAAGAUGAUGUACCAUGUGAUGUUAACCACCCAAGAAUCGGCUUUGCUGAAGCAGCAGUUUAA